CUCCUUCCUCUACCUCAUCCUCAUCCGCAGUUUAGAUCUGUCGGUGCAGCUGCUGAAUUCUCCCGCCAUUUCCGCCGUGUGUUCUUCCGGAGCUUGAUCAUGUACGGAAGAGAUCCGUGGGGAGGUCCCCUGGAGAUAAACACCACCGAUUCCGCCACCGACGACGACCGGAGCAGGAAUCUCCAGGACCUGGACAGGGCUGCACUAUCUCGCCCCUUGGACGAGACUCAGCAAAGCUGGCUGCUCGGCCCCACCGAGCAGAAGAAGAAGAAGAAGUACGUUGAUCUGGGAUGCAUAAUUGUCAGCCGCAAGAUCUUCGUCUGGACCGUGGGGACCCUCCUCGUCUCCGGCUUCCUAGCCGGAUUCAUCACCCUCAUCGUCAAGACGGUUCCACGUCAUCAUCACCGCCACGCUCCUCCCGAUAACUACACUCUUGCUCUUCACAAGGCGCUCAUGUUCUUCAAUGCUCAACGUUCCGGGAAGCUGCCCAAGCAUAAUAAUGUGUCGUGGAGAGGGAACUCAGGGCUCCAAGAUGGCAAAUCCGAUCCCUCCGUUCUGAUGAAAGAUCUGGUCGGCGGAUAUUACGAUGCCGGAGAUGCUAUCAAGUUUAACUUUCCUAAAUCUUUUGCACUAACAAUGUUGAGCUGGAGUGUCAUCGAAUACAGUGCUAAAUACGAGGCAGCCGGUGAGCUCAAUCAUGUUAAAGAGAUCAUUAAAUGGGGUACUGAUUAUCUUCUCAAGACCUUCAACAAUACUGCUGAUACGAUUGACAGGAUUGCAGCGCAGGUCGGGGUAGGAGAUACAUCCGGAGGCAGUACUCCCAAUGAUCAUUAUUGCUGGAUGCGUCCCGAGGACAUUGAUUACCCACGUCCUGUAUAUGAAUGUCAUAGUUGCUCCGAUCUUGCUGCCGAAAUGGCUGCUGCUUUGGCUUCUGCUUCCAUCGUUUUCAAAGACAGCAAGGCGUACUCUCAAAAGCUUGUCCAUGGUGCCCAGACACUCUUUAAGUUCGCCAGGGAUCAAAGAGGCAGAUAUAGUGCUGGUGGUUCUGACGCUGCUAUCUUUUAUAAUUCCUCGAGUUACUGGGACGAAUUUGUUUGGGGUGGAUCCUGGCUAUACUUUGCCACCGGGAACUCGUCCUUCCUUCAGUUAGCUACUCAUCCUAAACUUGCCAAGCAUGCUGGUGCUUUCUGGGGAGGCCCAGAUUAUGGUGUUCUUAGCUGGGAUAAUAAGCUUCCUGCUGCACAGGUGCUUCUGAGCCGGCUGAGAUUGUUUUUGAGUCCCGGGUAUCCAUACGAGGAAAUAUUGAGUACUUUUCAUAAUCAAACCAGCAUCAUUAUGUGCUCAUUCCUUCCGGUUUUUACUAGCUUUAAUAGAACAAAGGGAGGUUUGAUUCAGUUAAACCAUGGAAGGCCUCAGCCUCUGCAAUACGUUGUCAAUGCAGCCUUCCUAGCGGCCGUAUACAGUGAUUAUCUUGAUGCUGCUGAUACACCUGGAUGGUAUUGUGGUCCCAAUUUCUAUUCGACUGAUGUCCUGCGUGAAUUUUCAAAAACACAGAUUGAUUAUAUUCUCGGCAAAAAUCCUCGGAAAAUGAGCUAUGUUGUUGGCUUUGGUAACCAUUACCCCAAGCAUGUUCACCAUAGAGGCGCAUCUAUCCCCAAGAACAAUGUCAAAUAUAGCUGUAAAGGGGGAUGGAAAUGGAGGGAUACGACGAAGCCGAACCUGAACACACUUAUGGGAGCCAUGGUUGCCGGACCUGAUAAGCACGAUGGAUUCCGUGACGUUCGCACCAACUACAACUACACAGAGCCAACUCUUGCAGGCAAUGCGGGUUUGGUUGCUGCACUCGUGGCAUUGUCUGGUGACGGGUCAGCCGGGAUAGACAAGAACACCAUUUUUUCUGCGGUUCCACCAAUGUUUCCCACACCGCCACCGCCUCCGGCACCUUGGAAACCAUGAAGACGUUUUCGAUAUUUUUCCGUUCGUGUUGUGUGACUUACAAUGAUGAUUUUAGAAUUAGUUUUUGGUACCCUAAUGACCUUGAAAGUGAAAGAAAAACACGGAAAGGAAAGACAGGAGACGAGCAAUGGAACAACCUGCACAAAACUAGUGGUGGUGGGCCGGGCAGUCAGCUUGGGGAAUCAUACAAGCAUUCAACCUUUGAUAAUUUUGUAUAUGAAAGUCUAUUUGGAAUUUGUGGUAUACGGACAAGUGUGCAUGUAUGAUAUGAUGUAUUAUUUGAAACA